AUGCUACGGAUGUGCCAUCCCUCGAUUACCUAUCCAUGUCUGAUCUUGGUGGCUUACAACAAAUUCCUGAGGCGUUCACUGCAACACCAGGAAGAUGUGUCAUCGUCUGCCUUCAGCUCUGACCAAAGUGCAGGUCAAGCCGCUGGAAGCAUGGUCAGCAGAGCGCAGACUAUAAUUCCUUUUGGCCAUGAUGGAAGCGUGCAAAUCACCCCAUCAAAAACGGUUCGAGUCUCGGAACUUCUAGACAAUUCGUUACCAUUCGUUGUAGGAGCGGAUGAUUCACCACUUCGAGAUGCAACAGCUCCUUCUAUUGCACAUUCUCAUGAAGUUUUUGUUGAAGAACCCGCUGGUAAAGCAAGUCCACGAACUCCAAGGGUGUCAGAAUCACCAUGGCGACCGUCUUCACGUCGUCUUCAUCUUGAGGAAGUAGAUAUCUCUACCAGUCAAGAGACCGAUUCCAUAGAAGUGAUCUCAGUGAGCACUCCUCAAGCACGUCGCCGACUGGUUGAAUGCUCUAGUACUGCUUCAAGAAAGAACAUUAGUGAUGCGAAUGACGAAAACGGUGUUGUAGAAGACGAGCACUCAACAAAAGAAAGCUCUGAUUCGAGUCAUCAGGAUGAAGAGCAUACAUAC